UAGGCUAUAAAGCAACCCACCCACCUCCACAGCAAACACCUUUUUCUCUCACCGGAGAUUCCUCGGCCACCUUCCUCGAGCAAACAAGGUCUUCCUCGGUCGAGCAGAGAAGAUCUUCUGACUUAUCAGAGUAAAGAGAGAGGAAGAAGGAAAUGGACGGUGGAGUGGGCUAUGCAGACAUGGACGCCCUCAAGGCGACAGAGCUGAGGCUCGGUCUCCCUGGUAGCCACCCACCGGAGAAGCCGCUGCCGACGACGACGACGACCGCGAGGCCUACCAAACGCUCGCUCGACGAGGACAGGGCAGCCCGGCGUGAGACUUCGGAGGGCGGCCGAGCCACGUCCGCACGAGCGACCAAGGCACAAGUCGUCGGGUGGCCGCCGAUCCGGUCGUACAGGAAGAACAGCUUCCAGGCGAUGAAGGCGACGGCGGAGGCCGCCGGACUGUACGUGAAGGUGAGCAUGGAUGGCGCUCCUUACUUGAGGAAGAUCGAUCUCGAGGUGUACAAGGGGUACAGGGAACUCAGAGAGGCGUUGGAGGACAUGUUCAAGUGCUUCGAAGGUUGCAAAGGAUCCGAGUACGCCAUCACCUAUGAAGACAAAGAUGGGGACUUGAUGCUGGUUGGAGAUGUGCCAUGGGAGAUGUUCACAUCCUCUUGCAAAAAGCUGAGGAUAAUAAGAGGAGCUGAAGCCAUUAGAGGCCUGGGAUCGAGUCAGUGACGAGAACAGCCAAGUUCCUCAAGGAUGGAAGAAGGGAAAAGGGAAGACGCCAAGAUGAGACGGAUCAAGCGGUGUAUAUUUUUGUGUGUCUCUGUGUGUGUGUGCGAGAGAGAGAGAGAGAGAGAGAGAGAGAGAGAGAA